AUGCAGGGGGCGCGGCUGGAGGGGCCGCGCGCGGGGCGGGAUCGGGAUCGCGAUCUGGAUCUGGAUCUGGAUCGGGAUCUGGAUCUGGAUCGGGAUCUGGAUCUGGAUCGGGAUCGGGAUCUGGAUCUGGAUCGGGACUGGCGGCGGGGAGGAAGACAUCGGGUCUGCAGGCUGUCCGGGCUGGGCAGCCCCGGGCUGCGGGGCUCGCGGCACCGCGGGGCCACGGCCGUGCUGGAGCGGCUGGCGGUGGCCGGGGGCUGCUGCGCCGCCGUGGCCGUGGCCGCGCGCGGCCUCGAGCUCGUGCUGCUCAAGCCRCGCAGGCUCAUGCACCUCAACGGGCCCAGCGUGGCCAGCACCGGCGAGCUGUACAACCUGAGCCUGCAGGACAUUUACCUGGUUCAUGACGACCUGUACAAGGCCCUGGGGAAGGUGGCAACCAAGCUGGGAGGCAGCAAAAGGGAACACAGCGGGGUCCGGUCCUGCAUCAGCRCUCUGCACCAACAGGAGAUGACGCUGCCCAGGGUUGGCAUUGGCCACCCAGAGGGCAAAACACCAGUGACCUGCUAUGUCCUGGGCCCAUUCAGCAGCAGGGAGCAGGAGAUGCUGCAGUGGCUCCUGCCGCAGGCAGCCACUUGCCUGCUGGAGCACAUCCUGCAGAGGAGAGCACCAGCGGCAAGCCGGGGGACGGGGGCUGACACYGACCCCUGA